AUGUCUCAGUCCAAUCUCUGCAACACCUCCAUCGUUGAUCAGAAAUCGAUUCAAAAAACCCUUGUAAUUAUCAAUUUAUCAUCCGGGUCUCCAUCGACAUCGAUUUUCCUAAUUUCUCGAUCUUCGAACAUCGAGCUUCACGCUUUCCGUCACCGAUCUUCAGUUGAUCUUUCUCUCAAAAGGAGGAAGUUCCAUAAGGCUGAAAGGAGUGGAUACGCUAUACCCCUCGCCAAAGGAACGCUAAAAGGAGAGAGAGAGAAAGGGUUAGUGGAACCUCAUUGGUGGAACUCAUUUGACUGGUUAUAUUCAAAUCAAGGAAGUGGGUUUUGGUUUGAUUGUGUGAAGAUGCGAUAUUUAUGGGUGAUUUGAUGAUCUUCAUGUCUGGAAACCAACUAAAACACCAAUGAUGUCGAAGACUCACAGUGCAACCGAUCAUCACCACCACCAUCAUGAAUCCAACCAUAAAGAAACACCACACAAGUUGCUAGACACGCCUCCAUAUUCUAACAUCUACUUUAUGGGUGAUGGCUUCCAGAGACUCUCACCCCAACCUCAACCAAAUGCUAGAGUCACAAACCAUUAUGAUCGCAAGCAGAAUUAUGGAUGCAUGCAAAAUGAGGAGGACGUAGACACUAAUGUGAAUGCGGAAGCUGCAGAUUUUAUUAAAUCAAUGCACAGAAAGUUUGAAUUUAGCAAAGCCAUUACUAUUACACGAGGUUAACUAUGACUAGGUCUUAAAGGAACCAAUUUUAUUAUGUUUGAUAAUGUAUAAGUUGUGCAAUC